UUCAGUUGGAUUUCGAUGUCGGCGGCGAACGGACGCUUGCAUCGUACGCGGCGCGGUUCGAACUAUACGUCCAUUAUUUAAAUACGGAUUCUAAAAAACGUGAAUUAAGAAAUAUCAUUCAAAUUUCGAUUGAUCGGUUUCGUUUUUUAUUUUGCUUUUAAUAGUCGAGUUUUUAUGUGGCUGGUGUUUUUAUAAAAAAUAAUUUAAGUUUUUUUUUAUUGACUUGGUAAAGAAAUGGAUCACAAUGAUUUUGUUCCUGUACAUUUUUGAUAGUUAGAAACUUUUAUAGAUAGUAAUAUGUGUUAGUGUUAAAUAAGUAGUGUUAAGUGCACAGUUAGUUCAGUGGAUUAGUGAUAUUUCAUUGAAGAGAACUGAAACUCAGUUUACCACAAUUUUUCCAGUAAGAAGAUCACAUAAGACAUCAGUCAUGGCGACUGAUAACGCACUCAAUUCUCAACGUGUGUUCAAAAAAUCAUCGCCGAACAACAAACUGACGCUUUACUUAGCGUCCCGAGACUUGGUGGUGGAAAACGGCUCCAUCGAUAGAAUCCAAGGGGUUCUGCAUGUUGAACCGGAAUACCUUGAGAACAAGAAGCUAUAUGGACAAGUCACCUUGACCUUUAGAUAUGGCAGAGAAGACGAGGAAGUCAUGGGCCUGAAGUUCUGCAACGAAGCUAUAAUGAGCCUAGCUCAAAUAUGGCCGCUACACUGCAACCACGACAGAGAGCCAAACACCCCAUUACAGGACGCCCUCAUCAAACGCCUGGGUGCCAACGCCUACCCCUUCCACCUGGAACUGACGCCGCUAGCGCCACCUAGCGUGCAACUAGUGCCAGCGAAACAGUACCACGGGGCACCCAUAGGAACCUCUUAUGACGUCAGAGCUUAUAUUGCGGAGCGGCCAGACGAGAAGGUGUCACGUCGUAACACAGUCCGCAUGGGCAUCCGCGUGCUGCAGGGUCCCGGCAGGUCCAUGCCGCAGCCCGUGCUGCCUCCUCACUCACCGCACAACACGCUCUCCGCACUGGCUCACCAUAAUAUGCUCAGGUUGAAAAACAAAACGAAAAUGGAAUCGGACGAAAAUUGCCGGCCGAAGCCUGAGGAAACUGAAGGCUCAGAAGCUCAGGCACCGCGGGCGACCGUCGAAAAACUGUUCCUGCUUUCUGAUGGAAGGGUGGAACUAGAAGCAUGGCUGGACAAACCGACGUACGCGCACGGCGAGUCGAUCAGCGUAGGGGUGGUCGUCGCCAAUCAUUCCUCGAAGACUGUUCGGCGCAUUAAGGUACUGGUGGUACAGCACGUCGACGUCUGCAUGUUCUCCAACGGGAAGUUUAAGAAUGUUGUCGCGCUAGUCAAGGGCAACGACGUGGUGUUGCCGGGACAGACUCACACCAACUCGUACCCCCUGACACCGCAUAGAGAUAUUCUUGUUGCAGGUAUCACCAAAAAUUGGAUAGCGCUUGAAGAUUCCUACUCAAAAACUGGUGCCAGCCUGGCAUCUACAGUACUGAGUAACAACACACCAGAGGACAGAAACGUAUUUGCGAUAUACGUCUCUUACUACGUUAAAGUAAAACUAACGUUCAGCGCAAUGGGCGGGGACCUAUCACUGAAACUUCCAUUCACUCUGACGCAUUCAUGCAUCAAUGAGGCUCCAACGGACAGCGUCACUGAGGAAGCGACCCACAAAAUGAUCCUGGAAGGAAAAGAAAAUAGCGAUGAAGAAGACAGCAAAGCUGAGAUAGAAAGAGACAAGCAGAACAACAACGGAGAAGAAGGACCGCAAAAAACAGUGUUCACAGAAGACGCCGAAAUAAAAUCCCCAGAAGACCAUCGACUUGUGGCUGACGUUCUAGUCAACAUCGAAAACAAAAUGGACAAGCCGAAGAAAUUCGAAGGCCAGACUGAAGUACGAACUGUGAAACCCAACGAUGAAGAACUGGAUCUUAUUGUCAAAUAUCCAGGUUCGGAUACGUGAUCCGAUGAGGAACUUCACAAUACAGGCCAGGGUGAAAAGACUGACAAACAAGUGAAAGCACCAACCAUCGUGAAAUGCAAAGGAGAGGUCCAAAUUCAUAAAAGUGGUUUCACUGAAAAUCUCAAAAGAGCCGUGUGUUGUAUAGACAGAAGACGCCAGUCGUAGUUUUAGGACUUACAUGAUCCAUUGCUGUUAAUGUGGAAAUUAAAAAUAUAAUCCAA